AUAAACCUAUUCACCUCACUUAUUUUAACUGCAAUAUUCAUUCUACUUCUACCUAUUAUUAUAUCCAUCACCCAACUAUAUAAAAACAAUCUAUAUCCCCACUAUGUAAAAACUACAAUCUCUUACGCCUUCACCAUCAGCAUAAUCCCAGCUAUAAUAUUUAUCUCCUCAGGACAAGAAGCGGUUAUCUCAAACUGGCACUGACUAUCAAUUCAAACCCUUAAGCUAUCACUGAGCUUUAAAAUAGACUAUUUCUCAAUCAUCUUCAUUCCCGUAGCACUUUUCGUCACAUGAUCAAUCAUAGAAUUCUCAAUAUGAUAUAUACACUCAGACCCAUAUAUCAACCGAUUCUUUAAAUACCUCCUCAUAUUCUUAAUUACCAUAAUAAUCUUAGUAACCGCUAACAACCUAUUUCAACUAUUCAUUGGUUGAGAGGGAGUAGGGAUUAUAUCUUUCCUACUCAUUGGAUGGUGAUAUGGUCGAACAGACGCAAACACCGCUGCUCUACAGGCAAUCCUCUACAACCGCAUUGGGGAUGUAGGCUUUAUCAUAACCAUAGCAUGAUUUCUUACUAACUCAAAUGCAUGAGACUUCCAACAAAUCUUUAUCACCCAGCAUGAAAACUUAAAUAUUCCACUACUGGGACUCCUACUAGCAGCUACAGGCAAAUCCGCCCAAUUCGGCCUACACCCAUGACUACCAUCAGCCAUAGAAGGUCCUACUCCUGUCUCCGCCCUACUUCACUCAAGCACAAUAGUUGUAGCCGGAGUCUUCUUACUAGUCCGCUUUCAUCCGCUCAUAGAACAAAACAAAACUAUACAAACCCUCACCCUAUGCCUAGGGGCUAUCACAACCCUAUUUACAGCUAUCUGUGCUCUCACACAAAAUGACAUUAAAAAAAUUGUUGCUUUUUCAACCUCAAGCCAACUGGGCCUAAUAAUCGUAACCAUCGGAAUUAACCAACCCUACCUCGCAUUCCUACAUAUUUGUACACACGCAUUCUUCAAAGCCAUACUAUUCAUAUGCUCAGGAUCAAUCAUCCACAGCCUGAACGACGAGCAAGAUAUUCGAAAAAUAGGCGGGCUAUAUAAACCAAUACCCUUCACCACUACCUCCCUAAUUAUCGGAAGCCUCGCAUUAACAGGUAUACCCUUUCUAACAGGCUUCUACUCUAAAGACCUGAUCAUCGAGACAGCCAACACGUCGUAUACCAACGCCUGAGCCCUACUAAUUACUCUCAUUGCCACAUCCCUUACAGCUGCCUAUAGCACUCGAAUCAUAUUUUUUGUACUUCUAGAACAACCACGAUUCAGCACCCUGAACCUAAUCAAUGAAAAUAAUACCUACCUCAUCAAUUCCAUUAAACGUCUCUUAAUUGGAAGCAUCUUUGCAGGAUACUUAAUCUCUUAUAAUAUCCCCCCAACAACCAUCCCACAAAUAACUAUACCCCACUACCUAAAACUAACUGCCCUUGCCGUGACCAUCACAGGCUUUAUCCUGGCAUUAGAACUCAAUCUCGCGGCCAAAAACUUAAAAUUCACACACCCCUCAAGCCUCUUUAAGUUCUCCAACCUUCUAGGGUAUUUUCCAAUCGUAAUACACCGCCUCCCAUCAAAAAUGAGCCUAACCAUGAGCCAAAAAUCUGCAUCGAUACUAUUAGACAUAAUUUGACUAGAAAAUGUAUUACCAAAAUCCAUCUCCUAUUUCCAAAUAAAAAUAUCAACUACCGUAUCUAAUCAGAAGGGACUAGUCAAACUCUACUUCUUAUCUUUCAUAAUCACCCUAGCCCUAAGCCUAAUCCUGCUUAAUUCCCACGAGUAA